CCAAAUUUACUUCUAUCUUCCAGUUAUAGAGACAGAAAUUAUUAGUUAUAGAGAACGAAAAUGAUGAACGUUUUGGCUUUAAGUCUUGUACUGACCACACUUGUAACAGCGGGUGUGUUUUCUCCAAGCCCACAAAAGCGCAAUCCAAGAGAAGAUGAUGUUAUAGUCAAAGAAGGGCAUAGAGUUGUGGUGGUUGAGUAUGAAAAAGAUGAUAAAAAUACCAAAGUUUCAAUUUCUCCUCAAGAAACUACAAAUUUUAAGGAUAAAUUGUCUGAAAAUAUGGAGGAUGCAAAGAAGAAAAUAAACGAAGAAGGAAUUCACCAUGGAUUUAGUCCUAGAGAGCUUGUGUGUGAUGCUUAUGGCAAGUGUAAGCAUAAAAUUGUCAGCGCCAUUGGAAAAACUAAAGAUACCCUUUCCGACAAGGCCCACGAGGCGGCUGAGACGGUCCACGAGGUGGAGGAGGAAGCAAAAGAGGCUAUUGGUAGUUUGAAAGAUAGGGUUACUCAUAAAUCCCAUGAAGCAAGAGAGUAUGUGAAAGAUACAGUUUAUGAAAAGGCUAGUGAAGUGAGGGGGGCGACGGAGAAGGCGAAACGGGGUGGUGCUGAAACUGCAAAGAAUCUACAAGGUGAGAUCGAGAGGAAUGGCUCGAGAAUAAUAGAUGCGGCAAAAGAAAAAGUCCCCGACAGCGCGAAAAAGGCAGGAAAAAUUGUGGGAAGUGCCUCAGAGAAAGUGAAGGAUAGUGCAGAAAGGGUUAAAGAAGAGGGGGAGAAAGGGUUGAAUCAAGUUCUACGGGGCAUUUUCGUGAGUGCGGCUCCGGUGAUGGGGAUUUUAGGUUUGUUGGGUUUAGCCACUGCUUAUGGAAUGUGUAUGUGGUUUACAUUUGUUUCGAGUUUUGUUUUGGCAGGGGCACUGCCUAGGCAGCAAUUUGCGAUGGUGCAGAGCAAGAUUUAUCCAGUUUAUUUCAAGGCCAUGACAUAUAGUGUAGGUCUGGCAGUUCUAGGACACAUUAUAUAUCGGACUAAAAGUUGGUCCUCAAUGAGACAGGAGAUUGUCCAAGGUUUCAAUCUCGGGGCACCUUUGUUGAUGAUUUUGGUGAAUUUUCUCUACUUGGAGCCUCGAUCCAGUAAGGUGAUGUUGGAGAGAAUGAAAAAGGAGAAGGAAGAAGGAAGAGGGAAAGAAGGGUCGGCCAGCGGUGAUGCAGCAGGUCGAGAGGAAGCGGCACAGCUGAAUCAAUUUUCAUCCUUACUCAAUGUUGUUACGCUAAUGUCCCUUACCUGGCACCUCGUAAACCUCGGACAGCAUCUUAAUUCAGUCUGAUAAUGCUUAAACUGAGCAGUGGAAGGUUUCCUCUUGUAUUUUA